AUGUUUGAAGAAAUCUUUAAAAGACGAAUUCAUGAAAUGAAUUCGCUUAGAACCCGUAAGGAAACCAAACUGGCAUAUGAAGAGGAAUGUAAUCGUUUAAAAAUGUUAGUAGAACUCCUGACAGAACAACGUAAAGAAUCGGUAGAAACCAUACGAUUGGUGAAUAGCGGAUUAAAUGAUUUGAUAAGCAGUCUGCAAAAAAAGAAUCCGCCAAGUGACGUUACUCCAAUCCCUAAUGAAUUUAUAAGCACCAGAGCAGCUCAACUUAUAAAUUCAAUUCAAGCUGAACUUGAAAUUGACGGUGUAUUACCACCGGACGAUUUAGAAGAUGAAAGUCAUAAUGUCAUGGAAGUAGUAAAUGAAUCAUCAUCUUUAAAACCCAUUAAACGACACGAUGAUGAUGGAUUGAAAACGGAAUUGGUUAUCCUACAAAGCCAAAUGAAUAGAUUAAGAACCGAACAAGACAAAUUAUCUUUAAAUAUUGAUCAACAUCGAAAACAAAAAAAUGGCAAAGUUCAUGGAGAAUCAAGCAACCAUGCUCAUAAACGUUUCAUCAACAUCAAUUUAUCGAAGGAAAGCUUGGAUGAUAGUGAUAGUAGUGGAAUGGAUACCGAAAGAGAUGAAGAUUCUUACACGGAACUAAUAAAGAAGCAGGAAAAAGAAAUUAAUAGACUUCGUCAAAGAAUUAAGAUUUACGACAACCAGUUUAGAGAUUAUCAAACCGUGAAUGGCGUGGAGAACAUGAUCGACACGGACGAAACUAAAGAAAUCAAAGGAGAAUUCAAGAAUUUACAACGAUUGUUCCAUAAAUUCACGAGCGUAUCGGGUGAAGUGGAUACCAAAGAAGCGAAAUCUUUAUUGGAAUUAUAUCAAUUGGAAUCAUUCCAGAAUAAUUCCAAGUCAUCAAAGAUACAUUUGGCCGCAGCAAUGGAAAAAAGGUUGUUAUCAACACUUCAAGAAGAAGUUAAAGGUUACUUUGCAGAAACGGAAAAGAACUCAUACUUUGGAGAAGAUUAUGAUGACGACAAUCUUGAAUUGGACCUAGUUGAAACCACCGAAAAAUUAGUCGAAUUACUAAAUAGAUUUGCAAAUGCUCGUACCAACGGAGACAAAUCUCUCAAGAAAACAUGCAACGAACUUCGUUCUUUAAUCUAUUCCUCACUAAGCACCUUCUCCUUUUCAAAAUCUGGAGAUGGGACACAUCCAUUUAUUACUUCAUUGGUGUCACAGUUCAUAAAAUUCAUGGAAGCAUAUCAUGCAUACUCAUCGACAGAAUUAUCGCAAGUUAAAGAAGAAGCGAAACAAAUUAUCUUGGAAUUUAUUUCUCUUGUUUAUUUCAAAUUAAAAUCUUUAGAUCCUCAAUCAGAAUUGAUUUUUUAUAAACAAUGUUCAGAAGUUGAUGAAUACAAAAUGAAAGGCGCUUGGAAUAAGACCGAUUCAUCAAAUCAAGAGGUUGAAAUUUGUUAUUUCCCCGCUGUUAUAAAAAAUAAUGCCACACAGAAUAUUCUGAUCAGCAAAGCUCAAGUGUUGACUCGUCCUCGUUAUAAACCAAUGACACACAUUUAA